AUGCGGCACAGGAACGGGCUGAUCCCGGGCGCCGGCAAACGGCUGGCCAAGCGGUCCAUCAUAGGGACGCGCGUCUGCGCGCCGUCCGGCGAUGACGGAAAGCUCUGCGCUGGCAUCAUCGCCGCGGUCAAGACGGCCGCGGACGGCUCUGAGACCGGAUAUUCAAUACGGUUCGACGACGGAACCGGCAGCCGGCGUGAGUACCGGGCCACCGAGCUGGUCGGCCCCGGUUUCCAGACGCUGUCCGACCUCCGACUGAUGGCCGGUCAGCGGGUGUACAUCACGUUCAAUGGUCGCGAGAUAUGCGGUGACGUGGUCGUCCACAGACCGGACACUGAAGAAGUGCGCGUUUCCAUAAUGCCGCACGGGCACGAGGGGUCCAUCGAAGUAAUAAAGAAAUUGGAUGAUGUUCGCGUGUUAGAGUCUAGAAAAUCGGCACGGCUAAUGGACCAGGAUACAGAUUUCGCUAGGUUGGCAGACAUGUCAGACAGGAAACGUAGUUCGUCCUCUCAGAAUGCUGUAGAAAUCAGCGGGUCCCGAAAACGUCGACCCAGCAGUAGCCAAGAUCUGGACGAAUCCCGUGAAGAGGAAAUGAAAGAUGAAGACGACGAUAAUGAACCAAAAGAGGAAGAAAUGACAGAGUGUACCGCGGCCUUGGUGUUGAUGAGCCUGUCAUGCAGUCCCCACUCGCCGUCCAUACAAGGACGCAUCACGCGCUGCCAACAACCUGAGUCGCUGUCCACCAGCCCGUCCACUUCCAGCGAAGGAGCUUUUUCAUGUCGCAGCUCGCCGUCACCACCAUUGAGCGAGUCCAGUUCCUCGGCCGCCUGGAGCGGACGCGGCCUGCCGUCGGUCGUUGACGAAGGUAUUGGUCUGACCGACGAUGAUUUCGAAGACGUGCCCAAGCGAAAGAAGUCGGAUUGCCGCACAGUUUUUCAAUGCACUUGGCCCGGAUGCGUAAUGAUCACUACCACUGUGGCUUCCAUCGAAUUACACGUCCGCCAGAAUCACCUUGGACCUAGACUUGACAAAUCUCCGUCAGACGAUUGUACGAACGACUCGAUUGACGAUCACGAAGAGGAGUUUUAUUACACGGAAGUGGAACUCGGCGCGGCUUCAUCGCCACCCACGCUGUCGCACCGGGACAUGGCCCGUCCGCCGCACGAAGAUCCCGAAUACCAGAAGACGUUGAUCAUACCUCGUCCUGGCGGCGCUUGCCCGAUGAACAUACCGUCGGGAACCACCACUGUCAACUGGCCGUUCGCAUCUCUUAACGGACAGAAACAGAUCAAAAUGAUGUAUCAGAAUUUGGGCGGGCCGAGGUUCCCGAGUAGCCCUAUGAGAAAAGCGCGUGGUGAAACGAAAAAGUGUCGCAAGGUAUACGGCAUGGAACACCGAGAGAAGUGGUGCACGCAAUGCAAAUGGAAGAAAGCGUGCACCAGAUUUGUCGGGUCCCAGGAAAACGCACAAUUGGCGUAA